GGCCGUGCAACGCCUCUGCAGCCGCGAGCUUCUAGCCCUGUGCUGUGCUGUGCAUGCCUUCCUAUAAAUCCUAGCGCGCGAGUAGUUGCGGCGAGCCGGGCAGUGAGGGGGCCUGCAGUGAGUGCGGGCGCUGGGUCCUGUACUCCUGUCCUGUCCUGUCCUGUCCUGUGUGCUCACUGGCCGCUCAGCCGCGCGGGAAGUGUAGGUUGGUGGACAGGGAAGCUGAGGGCAGGCUGCCUGCAACGCCAAUACGCCAUGGACGACGACUGGUGCGCGUGGCUGGCGCGGACGGGGCUGGCGCCGGCGCUGGCGCACGAGUACGGGCGCCUCUUCAGCCGGAACGAGCUGGAGCCCGGGGACGCGGCGCACUUCGACCACGACCUGCUCAAGAGCAUGGGCAUCGCCGUCGCCAAGCACCGCCUCGAGAUCCUCAAGCUGGCCAAGGAGCAGGCCGCCGCGUCGUCGGGCUCGCGGCUCGCGCGCAGGGCCACCAGGUGCCUGUCGCGGUGCGUGCGCCGGCUGGCCGGAGGCGGCGCAAGGCGGGGCGCGCCGUCGUCGGUCGCCGCCGUCGUCCCGAGGAUCUGCAGCGGCGACGACGCCGUCCAAGUCGGCGCCGUGCAGCGGAAGAGCACCGGUAGCGCCGCCAAGAAGAUGGUGCUCAUGAUCACCGACGGCGCCGCUGCCGUCGCCGGAGCGGGCGGCCUCAGCGGCGGCGGCGGCGCGAGGCUGUCGUCGGCGAAGGCGAGCCUGAUGUUCCACGACGAGGAGUGCGGAACGGAGGAGGAGGAGGAGGGCGGCGCGGGCACCGGCAAUGACGACAUCAAGUGGGACUCCAUGUUUCAGGACCUCAAACCCACGUGAAGAUAAAGUUGCUUUGCUUGUCUCCUCUCCGAUCUCCGGCAGCUCGGGUUCGGUGCUGCUGCGUCAGUCGUUGUCAUAGCUUUGCUUUUGUGGAAUUGUGGUGGAGAGGAUUUUAGUAAACUCUCAACCGUGGUGUUCGUCGUUUUCAGUUCCCUGAGAAGAGAAGGAAGAAUGCGUGUUUCGUAAUGUUGAGCAAAUAAUGUCGAAAAUGUGUAAUUUCCCCCGUCGGUUUUGCAGUAUCUAAGCUUCAGCACGAA